AAAAGAAACAUCUCUAACUAGAACUAUUAAGAAAAAUCACGAAAAAAGAUAAUUAAGAAAAAAAUUAUCAAACAUUAUAAAUACCCUCGACCACCUCAUAUUAGUAUUUCUCAUUCACAAUCAGAAAAAAGAAAAGAAAGAAGAAAAGCAUUAAUAUCAUUAGCCAUGGCGGUUACUCCCACUGCUACUACUACUGAAGAAGUAGUAGUACAGAGAACCGAUCAUGAGAAUGGGUUCAAUUUCAGCGUAAUGGAUAGAGCCAGAUUCCAAUGUUACCAUCUAAAAGCCGUUAUUAUAACAGGAAUGGGAUUCUUUACAGACGCUUACGAUCUUUUCUGUAUCUCACUCGUCACAAAACUCUUGGGCCGAAUCUAUUACCACAUCCCCUCCUCCGCCAAACCCGGAUCUCUCCCUCCAAACGUCGCUGCAGCCGUAAACGGCGUCGCUUUAUGUGGUACUCUAGCCGGACAACUCUUCUUCGGCUGGCUCGGCGACAAGCUAGGCCGUAAGCGCGUCUACGGCGUCACUCUCAUCCUAAUGGUGGUUAGCUCAAUCGGCUCGGCUCUCUCCUUCGGUAGCUCACCAACAGCUGUAAUGAUCACUCUCUGCUUCUUCCGUUUCUGGCUCGGCUUCGGUAUUGGCGGCGAUUACCCACUGUCUGCAACCAUUAUGGCCGAGUACUCUUCCACAACCACGCGCGGCGCGUUUAUCGCCGCUGUUUUCGCUAUGCAAGGAUUUGGAAUUCUCUCCGGUGGUGGAGUUGCAAUCCUUAUCUCCCGUAUUUUUCGGAGCUUAUUCCCUGCGCCGCCUUAUUCGGUUGAUCCGUUAGGUUCUACUCCGGCUCAAGCCGAUUACGUGUGGAGAAUCAUACUCGCGCUCGGCGCGUUACCGGCUAUUUUGACUUACUACUGGCGUAUGACUCUCCCUGAAACGCCACGUUACACGGCUUUGGUGGCUAAAGAUGAAAAGAAGGCUUGUCAAGACAUGGCUAAAGUUCUCCAAGUCGAUAUACCGAACGAAAAUGAAAACGACAACGAUAGAGACACUUCUAUUGUCGUAGUCGAAGAAAGAAACGACAAGUCGUUUGGGCUAUUCUCGAGCAAGUUUCUGAAACGACACGGAUUGCAUCUUCUCGGAACAGCUGCGGCUUGGUUUUUCGUCGACGUGGCUUACUACAGUCAAAAUCUCUUCCAAAAGGACAUUUUCAGCGCCAUCGGGUGGUUGCCGGCGGCGAAGACGAUGAGCGCUCUCGACGAGCUUUUCAAGAUUGGUAGGGCUCAGUUCUUGAUAGCCUUGUGUGGUACUGUCCCUGGUUACUGGUUCACCGUCGCCUUGAUCGAUCGAAUCGGCCGGUUCAAAAUUCAGGUGGUCGGGUUCUUUUUCAUGACGGUGUUUAUGUUUGCUUUGGCUUUGCCUUAUCACCACUGGUCGGCGGCCGGAAACCACGUGGGAUUUGUUGUGAUGUACGGAUUGACUUUCUUCUUUGCGAAUUUUGGACCGAACGCGACGACUUUCAUUGUGCCGGCGGAGAUUUUCCCGGCGAGAUUCCGUUCGACGUGUCACGGGAUUUCGGCUGCGGCUGGAAAGGCUGGGGCCAUUGUUGGAGCUUUUGGAUUCCUUUACGCAGCGCAGAACCAGGACAAGACGAAGACUGAUGCUGGGUACCCUGCUGGGAUUGGAAUGAAGAAUUCUCUGAUUGUGUUGGGAGUGAUUAAUCUGUUUGGAUUGUUAUUCACUUUUCUUGUUCCAGAAUCUAAAGGAAAAUCAUUGGAAGAGAUGUCACGAGAGAAUGAAGCAGAUGAUGAUGUUGAUCCUCCUACUAGAGUUUAACAUUUUUUCUUUUUUUUUUUUUUGUAUUUCUUUAAACACCAACAAUUGUUUAUAGGUUUUGAUUUUGUUAAAUUCAGUUCAAUUCAAUAUUUUUUUUAAAAAAGAACGAUUGUUAAUAUUUCACGUGAUUACUGAUUACGAAAUACGAGCAUUCAUCACACCUUCAAUUUGUUGUUA